AUCAUUAUAAACAUUAAUAAAAUUUUAUUUUUAAGCAUCUAAUUGUUUAGUAUUAGUUAUCAAUUCUUAGCUAUAAAUUAUUUUGUGUGAAAUAAAGUCCAUGUGCUCCCUCGCUGCCCGGUGUGUUGGGGGGAGUCGGAAACAAUGGAACACUUGUUUCUUGAUUGUCCAGUGGCGCGUGCACUUUGGGACUACUCGGGGCUAGAACAUCUUGGGCAAGGUUUGCCUCGUCAAACUUUCCCCUCUUCCUCAAAAGGUUGCUCUCCCCAAUCCAGCAGCCUUCUGUUUGCUUGUCGGUGAUUGCUGUCCUUUGGCGGAUUUGGAAGUCAGAAACUGGGUUGUCUUUGAAGGCAAACAAUUUGACUUCUCUGCCUUGAUGUGCCAACUGCACCAAUAAUGUGAGGAAUGGGAACGUUUGCCGGUAGAUUGCGUAACCCCGAGUCUCGCUCCUAUUCUACAUCCAAUAGGUCUUGGGUAGGCUGCUACGAUUGUUUGUAUGUGGGAUGGGGCUACGCGAGCUGGUUCUCUUUCGGCUGGCGAGAUGGUUAUUCUUGGGCCUCAUAGGGAGAUCCUUAUGACUCAGGAGACUCAGUUUUUGUCUAUUGAUGAUCCGAUGGUGGUUGAAUUACUUGCCCUUCGAAAAGUUAUCUUCUAGUGUCUGGACCAUGGCUUCCUGGUCGUGAAAUUUGAAGGAGAUUGCCAAAAAAACAAUCCCCAUUUAUGGUUUGGCUAAAUAUGAGUUGCCAUUCUAUAUGUCGGAUAAGUUCCAAGACUAUCUCCAAUCAAAAUUCGAAGCCCAGUAGCCCACAUUCUGCGGCAAAGCCCACGGAAGGGAAAGCCCACGAUAAUCUUAGCGCAUGUUUGUUGGCUUUCGUAGAUCACAACUCACAAGCAGCUGCAAUCCGAGAACUGGAAAAAUAGAAACCCUCAGAAACCGCCGGCGAGAACCUCAGAAAUCUCAUCACCGGCAAUAGAGAUGGCUGCCAGGUUGGUUUUGAGCUCACUCCAACGGGCUCCUCAUUUUCCACCAAAGCCGACUACUGUUUCUCGUCUCUGUUCCACUCCAGAGCUUUCGCCACCGACAUAGCUUCCAAGUCGCCUUCCGAUGCCAACAUCCUCCGAAUCCUUGACAACGAGAUUGAAUAGCAGUACGAUUACGCCCAGACGCAGCAGGUUUUACCAAUCUAAUCCCUUGAUUUCUCUGUUUCCCUCCCUCCAAUUCGUUUAGGGUUUCCGGCCAAUUCAGAUAGGAAUCCAACUAUUGGUUUUAACUUUUAACCUUUUCACCUUCGUCGCGGAAGAUCGGCCGGGGUAGCUGUGGAUGGCAAUGACGAGGAAUUUCGGCGCUUCUGAAUUGAAGCUACAAUGUUCGACGGGUAAGAACUUGUCUCGAAGCAAGGAGAGGAUAGCUCCGGUGAGGAUUUGCGGCUUUCAUAUAAGCUUGCUCGUCAACGUGUCUAAAAUCGACCGGUGGCGGUACAUUGGUGUUCGUUUGCUCGGCUUGGUGCAGUGGCCGGUUCGAUUGGAGAUCCAGAAACUCUAUCUGCUUCUCCGUGAUAAGUUGCAAGGAAGGCCAUACACUGGCCCUGAUUUUCGGUCAAGAGUUUGAGUGGCGAGCUUCAGGGUAGGUUUCGACGCUUCUUGGAGGAAAGAGGGGUAAAUGAUAAGCUUUCGUUUUUCUUGCAUGAAUACAUGAUGAACAAAGAUAGGAUUGAACUGAUUAAGUGGCAGCAAAGGCUGAAAUCUUUUGUUGAAAACUAGGGAGCUUGUGUUGUAGUAGUCAUUUGCAUAGAAUUCUUUAAGUGCUCUUGUUGGGCUCAUAGUUAAGCUGUGUUGGGUCUAAGAGGCCCGUGUAGGCCCACGAGGAGACAGAGGCUAAGCCCAAAGGAAGGGACCGAGUCAAAGAGCGAAGCCCGAGGAGACAUGGGGAAAAGAGACACCACAGGCGGCCACCCUAUGAAGUGACGGGAAGUAGGCUGCCUGACAUAGGAGACCGUUGGUGUCAGGAAAGUGGAUCUCCCUAGGAUCCUUACCUCGUACACAGCAGGACUGGGCAUUUAAUGCCCGCCGUAGGCGGUCCAGGUAAAGUCGAGUAUGCUUAGGCCGCCUGACAAGGCAUUAAAUGCCUCAU